GGCCUGGCCUAGGGCCUGCAGGGCCCCACCCGGGAGGGAGCCCCCUGCUGACCGAUAGCUGGUGUCCUUGUUACACCGCCAUGUUGCUGCCACGGGCCGCUGGCUCCUCCAGGCAGGGUGGGAAGGCAAUCUGUCACUCUGUCCCCAUGAGAAGAGCCUCUCUGGGACAGCAGGGUGUCAGUAUGGGGAGGGCAAGAUACAAGGCUCCCUCACAAGCCUCCAAGCUAAACACCCCAUAUGGAGCCAGAGGUACUGCCAGCGCUGCAGGGCCAGGCCUCAGCCGAAGGGAAGACUACCCCCAGCACAGUCCCCCCAGAAGUGCCAUGCCACUGGCUGCCAUCACUCCUGGGCAGCACAAGAAGGCAUGGCGAGGUGAGGGCAGGGGCAAGAGGCAAAGACGGUGGCAGCAAGUGCAGGCAGACGACAUGCUAAUCAUGCUCCUGUGUAGCAACAGGGCUGGCAGGGGCACAAGACGACAGGAGCAAUGGAAGCUCAGGGGCAGAAUGCACGUUAACAGAGACAAUGAACAAGGGCAACAGGAGAGAGAGAAGGACCUCAUGGAGCAGGACCCCUGUGCAUCUUCCUCAAAUGGCUGUGGGAGCCAGGGUGGCCAGCACAGGGGUCCUGUGCAUAGGCCACAGUGGAAGCGGCCUGGGAAGGCACACUGGUGGAGUCACAGCCGGAGGAGGAAUUGGAAACAGCAACAACAACUACAAUGCACCGAGCCCAGCCACCAAGACCAGGCAGGUGGGCAGAGCAGCAGUGGUCAAAAGGGAGUCCUGUUCUGGAAUGCGAAGAAGCGCUGCUGGGUCCCAACCUUGCGUGUGCCAGCAGCAACCUGGCGAGAGGCAAGAGCGCGCCUCCGCCCCAUGAACGUGGCAGGACACCGCCCGCCGGGGAUGUGCACACCCCACAACACCAGCCAGUACAUCAUGGACCAGCACGACCCAAUAGGUUGAAGGCACAUGAACAGAAGAGGAAAAGGAGAGCACAUAGCCUGCCCAUCAAGAUUGCAAGUGCCAAGACGAUAUCUACUGUGAAACCUAAACUGGAGUGACAGCACAAGGAAAGCGUCUGUCUCAUAAAAUCAUCAGCUAUUAAGAGCAAGGAAUCUCUUAAAAUUCAGCUUCCUAAAUAAAUAUAUAUAUGCACUUCUAA